GUAUCCAUCAUGUUGGUCUGUAAGGUGACUGUGGGUCUGCUGGCCCUGCUGCUGGUCUGCUCUGUCCGAGCUGAGGAGGCUGCUGUUCAGGACGCUUCUGCUGAGCUGUCUGUGGGAGAGCUGCUCGAGAGAGCCAACAGAGACAUCACUCCUGACUUUGAUGAGCCUGAGCUGACUGAAGGAGACAUUGCUGUUGACAGUGACAGUGGGAGGAAUGCUGAUCCCUGCACUUCCCGCGGUUGCAUGUGGCCCAAGUCCAGUGACGGCAAAGUCUAUGUGCCCUACGUCAUCGCCAACCACUACUCCUCCCGUGAGGUCCAGGUCAUCCAGCGUGGUUUGGACUCCUUCUCCUCCAUGUCCUGCAUCCGCUUCAAGCGCCGCUCCAAUGAGAGGGAUUACCUCAGCAUUGAGUCUCGCAAUGGAUGCUACUCUUAUGUUGGUCGCCGUGGUAACGCCCAAACAGUGUCUUUGGCCCGCAGUGGCUGCAUCUACCACAAAACUGUCCAGCAUGAGCUGCUCCACGCCCUGGGCUUCAACCAUGAACAGACCCGCAGUGACCGUGACAAUCACAUUCGUGUUGUCUGGGAAAACAUUGUUGACAGCAUGAAGCACAACUUCAACAAGAUCGCCACCCUGAACCAGGGAACCCCCUACGACUACAACUCCGUCAUGCAGUACCACAAAACUGCUUUCUCUAAAAACGGCAAGCCCACCAUGGUCCCCAUUCCCAACAGCAACGUAUCUUUUGGCCAGGCAACUCAGAUGAGCCAAAAUGACAUCAACAGACUCAACAGACUCUACAAGUGCUAAACUGGCGAGGACUGCAGAAGGCCUGUCUUUAUAGCAUAGAUCCCUCUUAGGGCAUAAGAGGGGCAUAUGAGACGAUAUCUCUGCUGCUUUGUUGGUCAGCUC